AUGGAAGCUGAAGCCGGCGACGCGCACAGCAAAGAUCCAACCGCCCAUCAUGACAUUCCCGAGCAUGGCCACAACCCUUCGAAACAGACAGGUGUCGACGAGAACCCGGACUUGACUCUGCACUACUCUCAUGAACACCAACACAAGCAUCUCCACCACGACCAGCAUGCUCUGAGUGGUCGUCAUGAUGAGAUCUUAUACGCUGAAGGCACCACCUUCGACCCGUCCAACAUCGGCGAAGUCGGCCCUCAAGACUACAAAACACAUCAUCUCCGACCGCAGCAUCAUGUUGAUGAGAAAGACUUCAUCGCCGCAGAUGCCGAAAAGGGCGUCAUCGGCAAGAUCGGACACCCGGACUCGAGCGACUCCGAUCAAGGCGACAGUCGAAGUCAUCGUUUCAGAAGGGCGUACGUCAACUACAAGAUUUUUGUGCAUUUGUUCAUCUGGUUAUUCUUCACCGGCUGGUGGAUCGCCGGCCUCGUCCUUCAUCGCUACGACCUAGGAUGGCUGAUCCCGUUCCUGCUGUAUCUCGCCAUUACUUUGCGCCUGAUCUUUUUCUGGGCACCAAUCACCAUCGUCACCCGACCUAUGCAUUUCGUUUGGAACAACACAGGCGUGCGCGUAUAUCAGAUGCUCCCCGAGAAGUGGCGGCUGCCGCUGGCUGCUUUGGUCGCCAUCGCCGUCAUUCUCGUUGGGUCUUUCGUCUCUGAAGAAUCCGCCGACAACACUCGCGGCAACCGUGCUAUCUCUCUGUUGGGGCUCGCAAUCAUGUUGGCGCUCUUGUGGAUCACGUCGCGCGACCGCCGCAAGAUCCGCUGGCAUACGGUCAUCGGUGGUAUGCUCACACAGUUCAUCAUCGCAGUCUUUGUCCUGCGCACCCAGGCCGGCUACGACAUUUUCAACUUCAUUUCCAGCCUCGCUCGCGACCUGCUCGGGUUCGCUGACCAGGGCACCGAGUUCCUGACUGCCGCCUCCGUGCUCGACCUACACUGGUUCCUGACCGGCGUGGUGCCGCCGAUCAUCUUUUUCGUCUCCCUCGUCCAGCUUCUCUACUACUUCGGAGUGCUGCAGUGGUUCAUCCAAAAAUUCGCAGUCUUCUUCUUUUGGAGCUUGCGCGUUUCUGGCGCCGAGGCCGUCGUCGCCGCAGCAUCGCCGUUUAUCGGACAGGGCGAAUCCGCCAUGCUUAUCCGCCCGUUCGUCUCGCACCUGACGCUCGCCGAGAUCCACCAAAUCAUGACGUCCGGUUUCGCCACGAUCGCCGGCUCGGUGCUCGUCGCGUACAUCAGUUUGGGACUGAACCCCCAAGCGCUCGUGUCGAGCUGCAUCAUGUCCAUCCCCGCGUCGCUGGCGGUGAGCAAGAUGCGAUACCCCGAGACCGAAGAGACCAUCACGUCGGGCCGCUGCGUGAUCCCCGACGACGACGAACACCGCGCCACCAACGCCCUGCACGCCUUCGCCAAUGGAGCCUGGCUCGGCAUCAAGAUCGCAGGCAUGAUUGUCGCCACGUUGCUCUGCAUCAUCGCCCUCAUCGGCUUGAUCAACGGCCUCCUGGGCUGGUGGGGCCGAUACAUCAACAUCACCCAGGACGGCGAGCCAUACCUCACCCUCCAGCUCAUCCUGGGCUACAUUUGCUACCCGGUGGCCUUCCUGCUCGGUGUGCCCCGCGACGACCUGUUACGCGUCGGUCAACUCAUCGGCAUCAAAGUCAUUGCGAACGAGUUUGUGGCGUACAACAGUCUCACGUCCGAACAACAGUACAUCGACAUGAGUCCCAGGUCGCAGUUGAUCGCUACAUAUGCUCUGUGUGGGUUCGGCAACUUUGGCAGUCUGGGUACUCAAAUCGGCGUGCUUUCUCAGAUCGCCCCGUCGCGAGCCGGCGACGUUUCUCGCGUCGCACUUUCUGCCCUCUUCUCCGGAGUCCUUUCGACACUCACUUCUGCUUCCAUUGCUGGGCUCUUGGUCACGGAUCAAAUUACGUUGAACCAAGGGUCAUCUUCUUGA